AUGGUGCGCACUAAGCGUGCUGAACACCCCCAGACCCGCAGAAACACCUCUUCAGGGCCGCUCUCGGGUCCGAUGGACGGCUUCCUCAGUACCCCGGCCGGGCCUACUCACGAGGCCCAGACUCCAAAUAUGGCGCCCACCUCUCCGAUCUCCACAUGCUCCAGCUCAGACGGCACCACACUAGCCGACAUCGGAGUGGAAUUAGAACGCAUAGCAACAGCAAUGGUCACUAAAGAUGACCUCACACACCUAUCCUCUAAACUCCACGAAGCAAUUAAAACAGAAAUGGCCGACUUGAAGGGAGAGAUUAAAGCACAGGAAACCCGCAUCCUGCAACUGGAACAAAAAGCACAGACAGCAGAGGAUCACUCCACAGCCACAGACACAGCCCUAAAACGCCAAGGAGCUCUCCUUCUAGCCAUGAGACGGCAACUGGAAGAUCAGGAUAAUCGCGGCCGCCGCAAUAAUAUCAGGGUGAGAGGGAUACCUGAGCCUACAGAGGGGGGGGGGAAUAUAGAAGAAAUACUCACCCCCCUAUUCCGCAUAAUCCUUCGUGAAGAAGCACCAGCCCACAUUAAAUAUGAUAGAGCACACAGAGCCCUGCAGCCGCGGCUCGCGGAAGGGACACCCAGGGACAUUAUCUGCUGCCUACACUCCUUCCCCCUGAAGGAAUUGAUCAUGGCCAAAGCCAGACCUAGACCUCUCUGGAACUACCGUGGAGCAGAGGUAUCCCUAUAUAACGACCUAUCACCGCUGACCCUAGAGGCAAGGAGGGCCCUGAGGCCAAUUACCACCAUUCUCCGAGAGAAGAAUAUGCCAUACAAAUGGGACUACCCAUUUAGCAUCACGGUCCGUCACAACAAUGAAUGGGUCUCCGCCAGAUGA